AUGGCAUCAUUAUUAAAAAAUUACAUGUGGUUUCCAGUAUUAUUAGCAAUUUUUUAUACAAUUUAUUGGAAUGAUACUUAUAAAAAUAUAUUUAAAAAAUUAUUUAAUGGUGAUAUAAAUGGUGCAUAUGAGUUAUAUCAAAAAAAUGAUGAUAUGAUAAAUCCAGAUGUUAAAUUAUUUACUAAAAAUGAAUUAACAAAAUAUCAAAAUUUAGAUAAUGGACUUUAUUUGAGUUUAAUUGGACAAGUUUUUGAUGUUACAAGUGGUGAUGAGCAUUAUGGUCCUGAUGGUUCUUAUCAUGCAUUUACAGGAAAAGAUGCAUCAAUGGCAUUUGUAACUGGUAAUUUUGAUACUGAUGGAUUGACUGAUGAUACUAGUGAGCUAACAAAUUCACAAGCUAAAUCAAUGAAUGAUUGGAUUAAAUUUUAUCAUGAUAAAUAUAUUUUUAAAGGUAAAUUAAUUGGUACUUAUUAUGAUGACAAUGGAAAUCCAACGAAAAAACUUGAUGAAUUUUUAAAAAAAGUUGAAAAAGCUCAUGAAGAAAUUACUGCUGAUGAUAAUGAAAAAAAAAUGUUUCCACCUUGUAAUAUUGAAUGGAAACCUGAAGAAGGUACACAAGUUUGGUGCACAAAAAUGAGUGGAGGAAUUCAAAGAGACUGGUUGGGUAUACCAAUGCAAUAUUUUGAUAAUCCAUCUAAUUUACAAAAUAGAUGUGCUUGUGUUAAUAUUGACAGUAAUGAAUACAAAUUAAAUAAAGCUAAAUUUCGUAAAUAUGAUGAAUGUUUAGAAGACUCAUCAAUUUGUUUUUUAAAAACAUAAAUUCUAUUGAUAAUUUAAAAUUAAUAAUUAAUAUUAUUCAAGGUGUCGGUAUAUUUUUUCAAUUUGAA